GCUACCAGAGGGAGCUGACGUACCAGCGAGACGACGGAUCGUUCAGUGCCUUCGGAAAGAAUGACGAUUCAGGUAGCAUGUGGCUGACAGCGUUUGUAGCGAAGUCGUUCCAUCAGGCACGCGAUCACAUCUACGUUGACCAGGCGACGAUAAAGAAAGCGCUGCGCUGGAUACUGCUCCAACAGGGGGAGGACGGUAGCUUCCCCGAGCCGGGACGCGUCAUUCACACCGACAUGCAG